AUGACAAUCAACGAUACCAAUGAUUUAGCUAUGGCUGAACGUGAAAUAGUUCACGAACACCAAACCAAGGAAAAGAUCACUAAUGAAGAAUAUAAGAUUUGGAAGAAAACCGUUCCUUUGUUGUACGAUACCAUUCAUACCCAUGCGUUAGAUUUCCCAUCAUUAACUGUGAAAUGGUUACCGGACUAUGAAUACAGUGAAGAUAAGAAUUUCAUCAGUGUUAAAUUCUUAUAUGGAACCAACUCAUCACAACAUUCUCAAGAUUAUUUGAAAUUGGGUGCCAUCGAUUUACCAAGCACGUUAGCACCCGAUUUCAAAGAAAAAACUGGUAAAACCAAUUUGCCAAUCCCCCAAUCCAAUGAAGGACACAAAAGUUUUCAAGUCUUGAAUACCUGGAAGCAUAACGGAGAAGUCAACAAGCUCGAAGUUUGUCCUAACAAUGAAAACGUCAUCACUUUUGACAAUGAAGGGAUUGUUCACUUAUAUAAUAUAAAGGAUGGAAGUAAAGAUUCCAAAGAAUUCAAGUACCACAAAUUGGAAGGGUAUGCUCUCGAAUGGCUUAAUGAGAAAGAGUUUUUAUCAGGAUCCAAUGAUUCACAAAUAGCGUUAUGGGAAGUUCUGAAGCCAUCAACACCAAUUCAAAGUUUUAAACAUCAUAACGCUGUUAUUAACGAUUUAUCUUUGAACAAACAAUACAAUAAAAUAUUUGCGUCAGUUUCUGAUGAUUACACCACAAAGAUCAAUGAUUUGAGGGCCAAUGCCAAUGAAAAUGUCGCUAUAAAUAUAAAUAACAAACACAUUCAAAAUGCUGUUGAAUUUCAUCCCGACGUGUCAACAUUAGUAGCCACUGGUGGCAGAGAUAAUGCUGUUUUAUUAUAUGAUUUAAGAAAUCCUAAAAAACCUUUCAGAAAAUUGUUUGGUCAUAACGAUAGUAUCACAGGAUUGAGAUGGGAUAAGGUCAACAAUCCAAAUAAAUUGAUUUCAUGGUCAUUAGACAGAAGAUCAAUUAUUUGGGAUUUGAACUCAUUAGACGAAGAAUUUGUUUAUCCAAAUGAAGCUUCUGAAAGCUCCAGAAAGAGAAAUAACGUCAGAACCACCGAUCCUUGCCUCAAAUUCAUCAGUGGUGGCCAUACUAAUAGAAUUAACGAAAUUGAUGUCCAUCCCAAAAUCAAUGGUUUGACAAUAAGCUGUGGUGAUGACUCAUUACUUCAAGUAUGGAAGCCCAAGAACAUACCUGAUGAAGAGGAAGAAGAAGAAGAGGAAGAGGAAGAAGGUGAAAAAUCUGAGAAAUCUGACGAAAUGGAAGUUGAUAAGGAAAACUAA